UUUCCUUAUUCUGUUAUUUCAAAUAAAGUGUUGAUCUUGUUUGCGUGUAUAUUCUAAUACAAAUACAAGCAUCACUUCUUCCUGGUUUGAGUGAUGAAAUAUAAACUCGGAUAUGAUAGACAGAAAUUCAUCAUGUGAUAUAGCUGAAUGGGAGGUUGAAUAACAAAGAUGAAGCUGCUGAUUGCCAUCUUAGUGUUUUGUUCUCCAGAAGGUGUUCUUUCGUUUGUGGGGUACAGUGUUUCACAAAGCUCUCAUCCAGUACCCCUAAACGGACCCCACAGUGCUGUAGACGAAGAUAUCACAUCUUGUGCUACGACAAAUAAAGGUGUAGGAGAAUACUGGAAAAUUCAGUUUAACCAAUCCCUAACCGUAGCUGGUGUCCAACUUAGGCUAAAAGGAGGCAAUUAUACAAUACAAGUACAGAAUAAGUCCAGUGUAUAUUCCUCUCAACACGUCUGUUCAGAUGAACGACUACCUUUUACGUCUCUAAUUUACGAACAAACUGACAAUUGUAAUCGACACUUGUAUGGAGAUGUGAUCAUUAUCAAUCAGACAAGUUAUGGAUCGUUGAAAGUAUGCGAUUUCAAACUCAAAGUUUGUGAAGUAAACACUCUGGGGAUUCCUUGUACAAAGUGUACUCCAGAGAGCACCUGUCAAUCUUGUGACGGGUCACACUAUGGUGUCUGGUGUGAACAUGAAUGCUCUCCUGGAUGUGUACCUGGGUCAUGUGAUGAGUUGGGUGGUACAUGUCAAUGUCAGGAUGGGUAUAGAGGCAGUAAAUGUCAAAUUACAGGGAAUUGUUCAUCUCUAUGUGAAAACUGUUCGUCUUUGUGUACGGAGUGUGACGUUAUAAAUCAGAAUUGCACUGUGUGUCGAGAAUCCAGAUUUGGGGAAAUAUGUCAACGUCAUUGUCCUCAGCACUGUGAGAUGUGUGACAUUAACAACGGUACAUGUCUGCAAUGUGAAACCGGUCAUACAGAUGAAAACUGCACAGAGGCUAAAUCUCGAAGAUCAAAGGGAGCUGGAGACAUAGUUUUCUGGGUGUUAUUUCCGACAGGAUUCAUUCUUCUUCUGGCAACACCUUUCAUUGUGAAAAGGCUUCGAAAACGUUUACAUUGUUUUAAAACGUCAUUCUUCAAUCCUACGCUGGUUCCAUCAACAAAUGUGGCAGAGGACGCCCUUCUGGUCAGACACCCCUUCAACAGUAGCAGGGUCAUACUUGAGCCUGAAGGAAAUAGCCACAAUCUGGAAGGACCUUAUAAUGGAGUGGUCCAAGUGGUAGUCACCUUCAGUAACAUCAAAACUAAGUGUAUGUCCAUAGAACAGUUCGUAAAAGACACCCACCAGAAAAUGACGACAAACGAAUUCCGGUCAGAGUUCAAGGAUCUUCCAAAUGGAUUGAUGGACCUCCACACAGAAGCACUAAAAAGGGAACACACCAUCAAAAACAGAUUCAAAAAGAUUUAUCCAUAUGAUGCAAAUCGAGUUAUUCUGGAACCAUUAGAUAGCUUGCAUUCUGGAAAUUACAUCAAUGCAAGUUAUGUUCAUGGUGUUUACAAGGACAAUGCAUACAUCGCUGCACAAGGGCCUUUCACGCCGCAGACGAUUGUAGAUUUCUGGAGGAUGGUUUGGCAAACUUGCAGCAAGCGAAUAGUGAUGCUUACGCGUCUGAAAGAAGGGAAUGUGGAUAAGUGCCUACAAUAUUGGCCAGAUGAAGCUGGGGAGUUUGGACCCUUCUCUAUCAUCAUCCAAAAGGAAGAAAAGCUUGAUAAAUUCACCACACGAAAGCUGAUAGUGAGAAUGGGUGAAGAGACCAGACGAGUGACACAGUUCCAUUUCACAGUGUGGCCAGAUACAAAAGUCCCCCAGAAUCUGGAGGCGUUCCUCUGUUUCAGAAACAUCACCAAAAAUUCCUUGCAUCCUAACGAGGGACCUAUGAUUAUCCAUGGGAGUGCUGGCAUUGGCCGGACGGGGACAUUCAUUGCCCUUGAUUACCUGUUGGAUAAGGGGUUUAAAGAGGGUAACGUGGACGUGAAGCACUGUGUCAUCACAUUACGACAACAAAGAGCCUUUUCCAUCCAAUCCGUGGACCAGUACGUAUUCCUUCAUGAUGCACUUGUGGAAGGCUUGACAAACCUUAGCUUGAAUUGUGCGCUUCAUGUGGUGGACGAAAUGUAAUAGAACUGUAUAAACGGCUCUAGAGGGCUGUCUCAUUAACAACUAAAUACAGUUCAUGUUUAUAAUUAUUUUUCUUUGUAGAAUGAAAACUGAUUUAUUACUGUUAACACUAUGAAAUCAACUGAGUAACGCAGGUGUAAUAUAGCAAACUGUACGUGACAUCCAUACAUCAUUUACAUGUUAUGUAUAUAUAUCAUUUGUUCCUAAUAAACAUAUAUGUACUUAAAUCAUA